AACUGUACAGAGGGAUGCGCUUUGGGAUGGAUGACGACCAAUUGCGCUAAAGAGUGUGAAGAUGGAAACUUCGGCCCGGGCUGCAUUCACAAAUGUAGUGGGAAUUGUAGGGAUAAAUCACAAUGUAAUAAAGCGACAGGAGUUUGUGACUUUGGCUGUAAUCCGGGCUAUACAGAACCUUUUUGUAACACGACAUGUGCAGAUGGGAAGUUUGGAAUCCAAUGCAAAGAGGCUUGCAGUGGUCAUUGUCUUAAUCACUCAAAAUGCAAUCAUAUAGAAGGAAGCUGCAAUAAGGGUUGUGAAAAUGGAUAUACAGGAGAUAGGUGUAACAAUCCAUGUGAGGAUGGCUUGUUUGGUGUAAAUUGUUCUCAGAAAUGCUCACUUAAUUGCCAGCAAUCUCAGAAAUGUAAUAACAGAGACGGUUCUUGUCCUUGUUCUUCUGGUUGGACUGGACAACACUGCAACAAAGAGUGCGAUGCCGGAUUUUACGGAGAAAAUUGUGUGCAAGCUUGUAGUAGUCAUUGUAGAAACAUGACAUGUGCUAAAGACAAUGGCAAGUGUUUGGACGGUUGUGAGCCAUCAUAUUAUGGAGUAAAAUGUGAUCAAGAAGGAGAUACAUGUACAGUAGUGUCAUAUGCUAAGGAGUAUCACAUAAUGGGUAGUAUUCUGGGAGUUUACACCGUCAUUACAUGUGUCAUUUUUGCUUUAUGUAUUCUCAGGAGACAUAGAAAGACAAAGGAAAUCGUUUCAAAACAAAUUGAAGAAAAAGAUAAGGAAAAAUCGUAUGAAACGAUGCAAAUAGACAGAGUUUUGUAUCAAGAAUUAGGUUCAUUCGAAAACAAGG